GUGAGAACAGGCAGGCAGACGGUGGUAGAAUGCAAGCAAUCACAGCCAUAUUCCAGGAUGCAGGUAAAGAUGAUGGUGGUGAUGAUGAUAAUGUCACAAAGGUUGCUGCUAUCAGAAGAGAACACGGUGGCAUGUUAUGUAGCAAUUUGGGAUCAAACAUGACAAUGCAGCAACGAACAGAACAUGUUCCCUUGGGAAACAAAGCAUCGGGCAAUAGCGCUGUUUCUUUAGAUGAUCUUCUGCAAGGUGAUGGGCUUUGCUGGACUCCCCACAUUGUUCUUGGAGCUUCUGAAUCCAUGUCACAACCCAAUCCAAAAAGGGCCAGGAUGUCUGAUGUUCAAACUGGGGUUAACGUAUCUCAAAUUGGUCCGGAGCCUAAAAGAGCAACUACCAUGGAUGAGGUAAUAGAAGGAAAGAAGGUCAUGACUCAUAAGGCCCAAAGGUUGGCAUUUAUAAUUGAAGAGGAGCUGUUCAAAUUAUUUGGGGAAGUUAAUAAGAAGUACAAGGAGAAAGGUAGAUCACUUCUGUUCAAUCUGAAAGAUAAAAACAAUCCUGGGCUGAGGGAACGAGUCUUGUCUGGAGAAAUAACGCCUAAAUGCUUAUGUGCAAUGACUACUGAAGAACUUGCUUCAAAGGAGCUUUCAGAGUGGCGGAUGGCUAAAGCUGAAGAGCUUGCAAAAAUGGUUGUUCUUCCUGAUAGAGAAGUGGACGUUAGACGCUUGGUGAGAAAAACACACAAGGGAGAAUUUCAAGUUGAGGUGGAAGAAACUGAUGUUUUCCCUGUAGAAGUUGAGCUUGGUGGUGAUUCACUUUCUUAUGUAACAUCAGAACCCGUUGCAGUUCAAACCAAAUCUGACGAUAAAGCAAGUGUACACAGGGAGAUCAAGGAAUCGGACAACAGUGUGCAAGAUGUAGUUGGGACAUGGAACAGCAAUACAUCAUGCAAUUUAGAAUAUCCAGAAAAUGAGAAAAAUUAUCUCAUGCUAGAACCAAUGGUUGAUGACUUGAAGGUUAUGGAGAAUCUUCCACUGAUCAUGUCACUGGAUGAAUUCAUGCAGGUCCUUGAUUCAGAACCACAUUCCAAAGAUCAGUCCGUUGGAGCCCUGCAAGAUGAUCCUAAUACUAACAAAGAUGACAAAGCUAAGUCAGCAAAUUUUCUCAUAACCAUGGACAAGGCCGCUGUAUCAGAAUUCCAAUUUCAUUGUGAUGUGUCGUCUCCAAGAAGUUAUUGUGAAUCCAAAUUAGAAUCACGCAUAAACAAACCAGUUCCAGUUUUGGAUCCAGUUGAAGAACCAAAGGGAGAUGUGUUGGUCAAAUCCCCCACUGAAAAGGUGGGUGCUGAAAAAUCAGAUACUGUUAAUGGCUCGAUUCCUGAAUCUACUAUGCAGUGUAAGAAAACUCCUGAUGCUGUGCUGACACAUGACAUUAUAUGGGAGGGAAUAAUUGAGCUCAGUUUGUCUUCAAUCACAAAUAUCGUUGCUAUCUUCAAAAGUGGUAAAAAGCCAUCUACAAAUGAGUGGCGCCGCUUUCUUGAAAUCAAGGGAAGAGUGAGACUCAGUGCUUUUGAAGAAUUUCUUGAACAGCUUCCUAAAUCCAGGAGCCGUACUAUAACGGUAACUGAGUUACGUUGGAAGGAGGGCUCUCUUGAGAGUGGUCGACAUCAUCUCUUAAAGACUAUUGACUCAUAUAUAGCAGAUGAGAGAGUAGGGCUAGUGAAGCCUUCUGAAGGGGUGGAGUUGUACCUCUGUCCUUCUCAAGGGAAGGCAGCUCAGAUACUUGCUGACCACCUGCCAAAGGAGCACUUGGGUAGUUUUACUGUGCCUGGAACAUCUAUCAUCGGAGUCGUUGUGUGGCGAAGACCCCAUGCCUCAUCUAGGGUGCCCAACAGGCAAGAGGACCCCAAGAGGCAGGCUGCCACUUCUGGUUCAGCUAUGCCCAUGAUCUCUCAGCCAUCAUCUCGCUCUUCCAAUGCUUCUCAUCAGGAAGUUGUAACCGCUGAUGUUCCUCCUGGCUUUGGUUCUGGUGUUGUUAGGGAUGAUGAUGACCUACCUGAAUACAAUUUCGUUAGCGUGUCAAACUCGGCUGCCAAUGUGACAGUGCCACAGAGUUACAGGAGCCAUCAGCAUCUACCUCUCAGUUCUCCUCCGACAGACCGAGUGAGAGAAUUGAUUCGCAAGUAUGGUAACAGAUCUGCUGCAGCCCAACCCUGGAACAGCAAUGGCGACGACGAUGACUUGCCAGAAUGGGAUCUGUGUUCUCAAGGUAACCUCCAGCAGGCGCGGAUUCCACAGCCACGUUACCCUUAUCAACACCAUGAGCAGCUGCAGUACCAUUCCUUGCUUCAGCAAUCGCAAAGCUCAUUGUCCCAGGCAUACCCCCAGCAGCACCAGCAUGUUGCCAUGCCCGUGCAUGCUCAGUCGCUGACCUACAGCCACCCAACGCAGCCUGCUCAGCAAUCCUACUUCGGUGUACCAGACGAUGGCAGUGGGUCCUACGUCAAUGGUGUAACCCAUGGCACCGGGAAGGCGGGAGCCAAUGGAUGAUGGCAUGGAAUCCAGGGUAGUUCUGUGCGUUCUCUGCAAAGCAUCCGUUCUAAUCGUUUGCAAGGAUCUGGCGGUAGUAACGUGUCUGUGUUUGGUCCACCUAUCGUAAGUGUCUGCUCAAUGCUCACUAUGAUGGUGUAAGAAUCAUCCAUCUUUAUGGUAUGGUCUCGUAUCUUAUUUGCUACUGGUGAUUCCUGUGCUAUCAUUCUGAUGUUAUUAUGAAUGCCUUUUAAAACGAGUAUAGUAAUUAGUACAAGAGCUCCCCUGCUUUCCUUUUUCA